AUGGCUCAGAACGAUAUUCCUACGUCCAACAUUGAUCCCGAGGUUGGCUUCACGCCUCAGACUCAUAUCAGUGAUAAUUCUAAAGAAAUGGAUACUGAAGAGCUAUACGCCGUGGAUGAUCUCUGCGCUUCCUCGAUACGCGCUUCUCAUUACAAGCUUCUCUUUGAUGGCGCCUACUCCGAUAUAUCGAUCGUCUGUCGUGGCCGAGAGUUCAAGGUUCAUCGUACUAUUGUGUGCACGCAGUGCGAAUGGUUUGAGGAGGCUUUCACAACCCCGCCUAAGAAGCGCACCAUUAGGAGCGUGACUCUAGAUGAAGACCCUGAAGUCUUUCAGCAUUUACUCGAGUUUCUCUACACUGGGACAUAUACUGCUCAACAGCCUUCGGCACUGGUUGAUGCUGAGCGAGCAAAGGAGAUUCAAGACCGACUUACCGCUUAUCCACGUUGCCCUAUCGAAAAAGACACUGUAAAGGACAGUGUGCCAGAGCGCCCUGUGAGACGAUCAAAUAGGUUAUUGUCAACUACACCCGCCACGGCACCCACAGCCAACUCACCCUCAAGCACACCGCACAAGAUAAUCCUCGCCAUGCAUCUCUUCAUCAUGGCUCAGACAUACAACAUCCCCGCUCUCCAGCUCCUCUGCCAGGACCGCUUCUACACGGCUGCCAAGAACCGGUGGGUCAACAGGACAUGGACCGACUGGGAGGCUACCAAGGAGUUCGAGGACGUAGUGCUGGAUGUGUAUGGGUCUACGCAAGAGGUUAAUACUCCGUUGUGGAGGGCGCUGUGCAAGUUAAUUUGGUUGAAGAAGGAUGGGGAUCGGAUGAAGGAGAGGAUGAUGGCUGUUAAGGGGGAGCAGGUGUUUCUUGCUGAGGGUGUUGUGAAGUACAUGCUUGAGCCUAGGCCCUAG